UUAUCCUGUUACGGACGAAACUGCGUCUUGUCAGGCGAUCGCUCUGCAGGCAAUUGGCGUCGGGAUUAAAAUAUUCCUUGAUCGGUAAAUGUUUAUGGCGACUAGACCACGAGGCAAGGAUUACGGUGCACGAAUAAGAUAAAAUUUCGAACUUGUUCAUUAUGGCUAGGAAAAUGUCUUUGAAUGAAUGGGGAUUAAGAAGAACACAAGAGAAUGCCAAAUGAUAAGUGGAUAGGAGCUGUGUACAUGCCUGUGUCAGAUGGACUACACUCUUGACAGCGUAUCUAAAUCAAGUUCUCGUUACAAAUAAAUGCCUCUGAUCAAAGCAUUGAUUCCCUAACCAAAGUAAAUAGUCUAUAACAGGGAAAAGAAAGACAAUACACACACCACUCAACCUGUUUUUGUUUCAUCCUAGAACAAUGUGAAAAAUUACGAUACACUGUUUACGUCUUGGCACACUCUAACUGGAGCUCACGCGUGCGCACUCUCAUUGACGUAAGAGCUUCCGUGUUAGUGUCCUUGCUGCUGUGCCGGGAAUUGGCCGGAUCUCAGUCGUCGACGAAGACUUUCUGCUCGCCGUGGGGGAAAAGGAACAUCGACGGGUGCUUGUUUUCUGUUUAAUUCCCUUUCUUUUGGUACUGCUGGUACUCUGGUUUAAUUGAGUGGUGGAUAAGAAGCCAUAACGGAAUUGGAGAUAUUUACAAGGUGAUAGUACAGAUUGAUUUAAAAUGUGAUGUGAUUUAGAGGGUGUUUCAUUACUUCUAUGGAUAGAUGAUCAUUUUGCUUUCGCCAGUACUGUUUUUGAGAGACCGAUGCCAACUUCCAUGCGGUUCAUUGCUAUCGGUCGACAACAUGAGACAAAUCCACAACAUUGUUUUGCUUGUUACUUGGAGUUACUUGUUUGGUGGUCAGAAGGCUCAUGGGCACGUCCCCGCCCGCUACCGCUCACCAAGCAAAACUCACACUGUAGCGCGACCCUCCCUGAUUAACGAGACGGAACAAGAGACUUUCGUAAUGCACAUCAGCAUCACAGAGGUGUCGACACUCAGUGAUGAGGACGAGCGAGCGAGGGGUGGUGCUCCUCCUCGGGCCAAGAGGGGGACCUGCAACGCCGACGUAGUUGUCCCUCCAAACAGGUCAAGGUUCAUCACGACGGGGAGCAAGUCGAGGGUGACUCUCUACUUCCAUCCCACUGAGGACUUCCGAUAUCUGUCUGUGAUCUUGAAGCUGAGUAAUAUCUUGGACUCACCCAAGAUCCAGGUGUCGUUUCCCUCGUCCCACCUGUGCGCGAGCGACUUCUCACGCUGGCACGAACUGACCGUCGAUGCGUUUGAGCUCGACGUCAGGAACGAGGUUGACAAGUGGGCCGUGAGAGCGUCCGUGGGUUCCUGUUCACUUAUCAAGGCUUCCCCCUACUGGUAUAGCCUGAGUACGUUUAAGGAUUUGAAGGUCGUGGCCACCGGUGCUUCGUCGUGGAGACACUCCGCUCCUGGAGAGAACUGCCGCUUCACGACUACGACCGCCGUUCCGUCAACCACCCCUGCAACCACUACCUCUCCCACGACCGAAAAAGCCAAAACCACGACCUCGAAGGCGACCGCUACCUCUUUUCCCUUUCGCCAGAACCCCAAGCACUACCUCGCCAGCGGCUUCGAAACUGCACACAAUCACAACAACACAAACCGCAACGACUACCUCUCAAACGACUGCCAAGUCCACGACCCACAAAACGACUACUACCUCCCCGAUGACUGCCAAACCCACGACCCAGAAAACGACUCCUACCUCCCCAACCACUGCCAAACCCACGACCCGCAGAUCGAAUACUACCUCUCCAACAACAGCAAAAGCCACCACCACAACCGCAAUGCGAUGCCAAACCCCUGCUCUCCCCCAGGCCGACGAAUCCACGCCCCCCACGCCCUCCACCACAACUCCAGCAACGACCACAACUACCUCCACCGCAGUGCAAUUAGGCCAAAGUACAGCCGGCGGUCGCGAAAAGCCGGAGGACCUGAACCACAGCCGGAAAGACACGACAGACGACGUGGCUCUCAUAAACCCCGACCUCGCCGUCAUUCUGUGUGUCGUCGUCGCACUGGUCGUCGUCCUCGGCGUCGUCUGCGUCCUCGUAAAGCACGCGUCGAGUCUUCGGUCAGCAUGGCGACCGAAGGGACCGCCCCCUCCGCCUCCGGAUUACCACGCCCACAACGCCGCCGUCGUGAACGUGGGUCUGCGCGAUCUGCCGUCAGACCGAGAGUCGGGGCAGGGCAGCGAGCACAGCGGCGGCAGCCAGCGCCUUCCCUUAAGCGAGAACGGAGGCCUCGUCCGGGAAACACACACGUGCCUCGUCUGCUGCCCCUCCCGCCUCGGCCCCGCGGCUGCUGCUCUGCCCCCGCAGCCGGAGCGCUCCGGCCUGCAUGCACUGGUUUAGGAUCCUUUAUUCCACCCGUCCACAAGAACGGCGUUCCCCUAACCAACAACUUUAAAGCGAAACAGACCGUGCAUUUAAGGCAAUUGAGGACCCUGCUUCCAUGCCCUAAUUUGAAGGCAAUUUACCAAUACGAAGAGUUUCAAAGGAGAUUCCAUCACCUUAACGUCAUGAAAAGACAACAAGUGAAUGGACGAGUUCAAAAAGAAGGCGGCGACUUAGUGGUGCAAUAUGCCCAUCUUGUCGAUUAA